AUGGCCCAAGUGCAUGGACCACUCAUGACACUACGUGCCGGUCAAAAACUUAUCAUCGUUGGAUCAUCAGACACCGUGGCAGCAGAGAUUCUCAAGACACAUGAUAAAGCUCUUUCAUCUCGAGAUCUAUCACGAUUGCUUGUUCAUGACAAGGAACAAGCCGGUCAUAACAAAAAUCUUGUUUUUUCGUCAAACUGUGAUAUGAUGAUAUAUGGUUGGAGGUAUAUACGUAAUAUCUACAGAUCGGAUCUUUUUUCAAGCAAAGCUUUGGAAUAUCGUAAGACGUUGAGAGAAAGUAAGGUUACGGAGCUGAUGAAGUAUUUGAGUUCAAAAGAAGGUGAAGAAAUAUGUAUAAAUAAGGUCAUGUUUGCAACGGCAAUUGACCUCUUAAGCAAUACAAUAUUCUCUAUAGAUUUUGUGUACUUUGAGGGCAAUGUAUUGCGAUUACAAUAUAUGGAAGAUAUGAUCAUCAUCGUUUCCUUGGUUUGUUGCGCAAUCGUUUACUUCUUAUUUAGUAUAGUCAUUAAACGUAGCUCUACAAAAAUCAACUUGCCACCUCUUCCACCAGGUCCAUAUUCGUGGCCGAUCAUUGGAAAUUACUUCCAAAUCCGAAAGCAUGAUACUCAUAUUUGCCUCGCUGAGAUGGCCCAAGUGCAUGGACCACUCAUGUCACUACGUGCCGGGCAAAAACUUAUUAUCGUUGGAUCAUCAGCAACCGUGGCUUCAGAGAUUCUCAAGACACAUGAUAAAGCUCUUUCAGCCCGAGAUUUACCACAACUAGUUAUUCAAGACAAGGAACAAGCCGCUCACAACAAGGCCCUUAUCUUAACGUCAAAUUGUGAUGAUGGUUGGAGGUAUUUACGUAGUAUCUACAAAUCGGAGCUUUUUUCAAGCAAAGCUUUGGAAUCUCGUAUGGAGUUGAGGGAAAGUAAGAUUAUGGAGAUGGUGAAGUACUUGAGUUCCAAAGAAGGUGAAGAAAUUUGUAUAAAUGAUGUCAUGUUUGCAACAGCCAUGAUCAUCCUAAGCAAUACAUUAUUGUCUAUGGAUCUUGUGGACUUUGAGGGCAAUGGUAUCGGUUCGGACCUUAAGAACUUGAUACGAAGACUUACCAAGUUGGCUGAGCUACAAUGGUAUAGGCAUGAAAUAUUUAGGUCAGGUGAUUUACAUGCUUGGUAUAAGGAGGUCAUCCAUGUUCUAAGGGAGCAUGGAGAUGUUUGGAAGGAUAGUCUCGAGAAGAAACGAAAUGGAAGCUCUAUAUCAUCAAGUCUAAAUGAUUUUGGUGACACUUUGAUUGAAAAGGGAUUUAACGACCACCAGAUUAAUGUAGUGAUCCAGGAACUACUUUCGGCAGGUACUGAAAGCACGAGUUCAGUCAUCGAGUGGUAUUUUGUAGAGCUUCUUAGAAACGAAGAAGUAAUGCACAAGGCUGUUGAUGAAGUCAUGAAACAAAUUGAAGGAAAUGUCGUCACAGAGUCUGAUUUGGAACGCCUACCCUACUUAGAAGCCUGCUUUAAAGAAACACUCAGAUUGCACCCUCCAGCGCCACUUCUUUUGCCUCAUAAAGCUACCCAAACAUGUGAAGUGAUGGGAUACACCAUUCCAGAAGAUAGUCGAAUAUUAGUCAACAUUUGGGCAAUCAAUCGUGACCCGAAGAUCUGGGACGACCCUUUAUGCUUCAAACCUGAAAGAUUUAUUGGAUCGAAGUUGAAUUAUAACGGAAAAGACUUUGAGUACAUACCGUUCGGGUCAGGAAGAAGAAUGUGUCCCGGACAAGCAAUGGGUUCCAAAACAAUCCCCUUAAUAAUGGCAUCUCUAAUUAGGAACUUUGAUGUGUCCCUUCCAAACCACAUGAAUGCCAGAGAUAUUAACAUGGACGAGACAUUCAAUGUUGUAAUGCGAAAGAAAGAGCCAUUACAUGUAAUUUUCAAGCUUCGUGAAAAUUCCAAAAAUUGAGGUACAUCAUGGAUAUCCACUCUUGCGAAGUAUCUUAUGAUCUUAAUUACUCUGUAUUCUAAAGAAAAAUAAUCUUAAGAUUAUAAUCGUCAUU